AUGCCGCCCAAGCGAGUGGCGCUGGUGACGGGCGGGAACCGCGGAAUCGGGUACGCGGCGGUGCGGCGCCUGGCGCAGCUCGGCUACUGCGUGCUGCUCGCCGCCCGUGACGCGCAGCGCGGCGAGGCGGCGACGGCGACGCUGCAGGCCGAGGGCCUCGACGUGCACCUGCUGCACGUCGUCAUCACCGACGAGGCCUCCGUCGCCGCGGCGGCCCGCGAGGUGGAGGCGACGUACAAACGGCUGGACGCCCUCAUCAACAACGCCGCGGUCAUGGACUACGACAACCACGUCACCCCGCUGAAUCUGCAGCGGAUGCGGGAGGAGUUCGAGGUGAACUUCUUCGCCGCCGUGGCGGUGACCAACGCCUUCCUGCCGCUGAUGCUGCGCACCUCCGACGCCCCCCGCGUCGUGAACGUCAGCUCCGUCCUCGCCUCCCACGGGACGGUGGAGCACCCGCACAGCAAGUACUGCAGCCCGCUCUUCACGAGCUACAAGUGCACCAAGGCCGCCCUCAACACGUACACGCACAACCUCGCCUACUGGCUGCAGACGCAGGAGGAGGGCAGCGCCAAGGCGGCGAAGGUGAAUGCGGCGUACCCGGGAUACGUGCGCACGGAUAUGUCGCGAAACUCCCAAGAGGCGUCGAUGGGGCCGGAGGAGGGAGCCGAGACCCUCGUUUACCUCGCAACCCUGCCGGAGGAUGGGCCCACUGGCGGUUUCUUUCACAAGCAGGAACGCCUGCCGUGGUGA